CUGCAUUUCAUUUUAUUGCAUAUUAUUGCAUGCAUAUAGGUUGUUUUCCGCCAAUAACAAAACAGUCAAGUCGUGUUCCUCGCUGAGAGUUUUUCUCCUUUCCUCGCAUUCGAACGACCAAUGGCCAACGAGUCAUAAUUGUGCUGGGCUCUGAUAGAAGGAAAAAGAAAAACGAACAGAUAAGCACACAUUGUUCAGUGGUGUGCUUAUUCGUUGUUAGGCAAGCUUCACAACAACGACGAAGACGACGACGACGUAUAGUCGACGUCGCGUUAAAAACGCAUUCUCAUUCUCGGUUUAACAGAACAGCGUACGCUGUCGAGUUGAGGUAGAGGAGGCUAGCCUUCUAUGCCAGUGUGUAUAAAGGUUACCCCGGCUUCGUUACUCUAACACAAGACGUCGCCAACUACGACGAACCCUGAAAUACUUACUUGUCCUUACAAGCGCUCAGGAUCCAGCAUCAUGAUCAAGGUUUUGAUUACUUUAACCAUCGGCUGUCUCCUUCUGGGAGUCAGCAGUGCUGAUGAGAACCUCAAGUGUACCAUUGCAUCAGGUAGUGAUAAUUUUCCACAGAAAUGGAAGACUAUGGUACCCCCUUGCAUCAAAAAACUUAGAGAACAAGUUGUCACUGAAGUUACUGCUGCAAUGACGUAUCUUGCCAUGGGUGCUAAUUUUGCUACCGACACACUCAAUCGUCCAGGAUUCAGCGAGUUCUUCAUCAAAAGUGCAAGCGAGGAACGUGAGCACAGUAUCAAGAUAAUGGAGUACCUUUUAAUGCGUGGUGAGCUCACUAAUGAUGUAAGUAAGUUGUUGAGCUCGGUUCCCCGAGUACCACGACAGAAGUGGAACACUGGCGAGGAGGCCCUUACCGACGCCCUUAAUCUCGAGCAUGAAGUCACCACGAGAAUCCGGGACAUUAUCAAAACUUGCGAGGACAACGAAUUCAAUGAUUAUCACGUGGUGGACUAUUUGACCGGAGAUUUCCUGACCGAGCAGUACGAAGGACAACGAGACCUAGCAGGAAAACUUUCGACUCUUGGCAAGAUGAUGGUAUCUCAAAAAGGCCUUGGAGAAUUCUUGUUCGACAAGAUGCUUCUCAACAAAGAAAUAUAAAAGCUCUUUUAUUUUCCAUUUAUAUGUAUACUUUUUUUUAAAAACGAAGAAAAUAUUUGCAUUCAUAGUUAUUAAGUCUUGGUCUAGACAAAACCUUAUUUUUUUGAAACAGUUUAUAAUGUUGUUUUGAAAGAUGAAUUUAAUUAUACUUAAGAGAAAAAAAAUUGUUUCUAGAAUAGCACUGUUCUCUAUUUGGUUAGAAUGUACUCUAAUUGGGAAUCAGUUUUACAAUAUUAAAACGUUUUUUUAUACAUGCCCUACAUAAAUACAUAUAUAUAUUUAUAGUUUGUUAUUCUGUAAUAAGAAUUCAUACCAACUAUGUGAAUAAAAUAUACCAAGAAACAAUUU